ACUUGUUUCUCAUGGUAUAUGGAUCCAGGCAUAUCAUCUGAUGUGUUUGCAACCAUUUUAUCUACAUAAUUUUUAUUACAUACUGUCAAGAAAAAAAAGUGUUAUAUACAAAUUUACUACCAUAUUAAUAUUGGUCAACCUGUAAAAUUCACAAUGAAUGCACUGGAAUGCACUUUGAAGUAUAUAAAUGGAAGUAUUCUUUAAUGGCAUAGUUUAAUUGUGGGUAAAAUGUUAAUUGAAUACAAAUUUAUAAGAGAGAUAGAUUGUAAACAAGGAGCUGUGAGAGCUGUAAGAUUUACCGUUGAUGGAGCUUACUGUUUAACCUGUGGAUCAGACAGAAAAUUAAAAUUAUGGAAUCCACACAGAGGUGUAGCUUUAAAAAUAUAUGGUGGUCAUGGUGAUGAAGUAAUGGAUGCUUGUGCAUCAUGUGACAGUAGUCAAAUUGUUUCUUGCGGUUUGGAUAAAUCAGUUAUUCUUUGGGAUGUAUCAACUGGAACACCGGUUCGUCGUUUAAGAGGUCAUGCAGGUCCAGUUAAUGCAGUAAGAUUUAAUGAGGAGUCUUCUUUAAUUGUUUCUGGAUCAAGGGAUAAUUCAGUUAUGUUAUGGGAUGUACGUUCUAGGGUACUAGAACCAGUACAGUGUUUAAACGAAGCCAAAGAUUCCAUCUCCAGUGUUAGAGUUUCAGACCAUGAAAUUUUGACAUCUUCGUUUGACGGUAAAAUACGUAGAUAUGAUAUUCGUAUAGGUGAAAUGAAUGCAGAUUAUAUGGGAGAUGCAGUGACAUGUGUCAGUUUUACAAGGGAUGGUCAAUGCAUAGUAGUCAGUUGUGCAGAUGCUGUAAUCAGAUUAAUGGAUAAAGACUCAGGAGAAUUGCUUGGAGAAUUCAUAGGUCAUGCAGCAAAUAACUUGUGCUUAGAGUCAAGUGUUGAUAAUCAAGAUACUCGAAUUCUUUCUGGAUCAGCAGAUGGGAAAUUAUGGAUAUGGGAUUUAGUUUCUCAAAAAGUAGUUACAAAACUUUCAGGAUUUAAACCAACAAAACAUCCUGUAGUAUCGCUGAGUGUACAUCCACAAACAAACUGUUUUGUAGCUACUAAUGGAGCAAAUGUAUUGAUGUGGAGUACUGUAUCUUCAGUACAAGAAUAAUGCCUUUAUUAUAAUUUUUGUAUAUAGUAUUUAAUCAAUAAUAUUACAACAAAACCGUUUAAUUUUUUAUAAAUAUAGUUUAAACUCACAAUGCCUAUAAUAAUUGUAAAAGUUCGUGUACAAAGUUUUAAUACAUAAAAAUAAACUUUAUAAGGAAAGAUUUUCUACAGAA